CCCUACGCUCCGGCCCGGACUUUGGGCCUUUUCUUGCGUCCUGUUUGUUAAAGGCAUGCCAGCUACAGCAUUCAAGAGGGCCGUUCCUUAACAAAGGGAAAGAGAUAAAUGUAAAUAAGCUCACAUUUUCAGAAUGAGCAGUUUGCUGUAAGAAGCUUCGGCAGCCCAGAGUCUGCUACUUUGGGCUGGGCUAAACUUUCCCUCUAAAAAAGAAUAAUAGAUUAAAAUAUGCACUUCUAAAGUGCGAGUUGCCCGUUUACAUGUUUAUUAGCUAAUUGUCUACAGGCAUGAGCACACUCCCUCAUCUAGCACACUCUUUCUUGGGCAUCCAUUGGAGGAAAUCUCUAACAACAGUACCUCCAGAAAGUUCAUUGAUCACCCAAGUUUUGGAUAAAAUUGGUUCCAGAAUUUGGUUUGAACUAAUGUGGAGGAAAACAUUUCCUACCAGUCCUUAGUCUCAGAGUGCUGAACCCUGCAGCCAGCAGGCCUCCUGACAAAAAUCCAUGGGUGACAGAAGAUUCAUUGACUUCCAAUUCCAAGAUUUAAAUUCAAGCCUCAGACCCAGGUUGGGCAAUGCUACUGCCAAUAAUACUUGCAUUGUUGAUGAUUCCUUCAAGUAUAAUCUGAAUGGUGCUGUCUACAGUGUUGUAUUCAUCCUGGGUCUGAUAACCAACAGUGCCUCUCUGUUUGUCUUCUGCUUCCGCAUGAAAAUGAGAAGUGAGACGGCUGUUUUCAUCACCAAUCUGGCCCUCUCUGAUUUGCUCUUUGUCUGCACUCUACCUUUCAAAAUAUUUUACAAUUUCAACCGCCACUGGCCUUUUGGUGACACCCUCUGCAAGAUCUCUGGGACUGCAUUUCUAACCAACAUCUAUGGGAGCAUGCUCUUCCUUACCUGUAUUAGCGUGGAUCGUUUCCUGGCCAUUGUCUAUCCCUUCCGAUCUCGUACCAUUAGGACCAGGAGGAAUUCUGCCAUUGUGUGUGCUGGAGUCUGGAUCCUAGUCCUCAGUGGUGGUAUUUCAGCCUCUUUAUUCUCCACCACUAAUGUCAACAAUGCAACCACCACCUGCUUUGAGGGCUUCUCCAAACGUGUAUGGAAGACUUAUCUGUCCAAGAUAACCAUAUUUAUUGAAGUUGUUGGUUUUAUCAUUCCUUUGAUACUGAAUGUCUCUUGCUCUUCUGUGGUGCUAAAAACCCUCCGUAAGCCUGCUACACUGUCUCAAAUUGGGACCAAUAAGAAAAAAGUGCUGAAGAUGAUCACAGUGCAUAUGGCAGUCUUUGUGGUAUGCUUCGUACCCUAUAACUCCGUCCUCUUCCUGUAUGCCCUAGUGCGCUCCCAAGCCAUUACCAAUUGCUUGUUGGAAAGAUUUGCAAAGAUUAUGUACCCAAUCACCUUGUGCCUUGCAACUCUGAACUGUUGCUUUGACCCUUUCAUCUAUUACUUCACCCUUGAGUCCUUUCAGAAGUCCUUCUACAUCAAUACCCAUAUCAGGAUGGAGUCUCUGUUUAAGACUGAAACACCUCUGACCACAAAGCCUUCCCUUCCAGCUAUUCAAGAGGAAGUUAGUGAUCAAACAACACAUAAUGGUGGUGAAUUAAUGCUAGAAUCCACCUUCUAGGUAUGAGAACUCUCUUUAGGUCCAGAUAUGGUUUCUUCUACGAUUUUCCUAUGCUAUGAAUAAGAGAAAAGAUUUCAAGCUAAUGAUAUUGAGAAUAAUGUACUGAAUACAGUCAGAUACAUUUAUUUGAAUGUUUAUUGUACAUAGGCUGUUUUGUUCAAUAAUUAUAGGUCAGGUCUAAUUACAACAACAAAAAGUUAUUGCCAAACUCUUCUGCUGGGUUGGAAAUUCAUUGUACCACAUUAUAUAAGUGGACAGUAGCCUUGACUUCUUUAGUGAUAUGGAGAUUACUUAAAAACAUUAAAAAAGAUAUUUCCAUUCCAAUAAUAUUUGGUAAUUAGGUUGGGCCUAUAAAUAUAGAACAAAUUCAGGGAUUAUGUUUUUUUAAAAAAACAACCUUUUGUGUUACUACUGAUAUAUGCUAGUCUUUUUUUUUCUUUUUGAAUUGUCAUUGAGUUUAUUUUAGCACACUAACAUAUUUUAGCUUAACAUUAUUAAUAAAAAGUAUCAAAUUUAAAAGAGCUAGCAAAAUUUAUUGUGUAUGUUUUGAAAGCAGAAACAUAAAUUUUGUUUGCAUGAAUAUGGCUGGGAAGAAACAGAAGAUUAACUGGAUUUACAUAUUUGCAGUCACCAGCAGUGUCAGUUUUAAAAAACGUUUUCCUUUUUCUACACUACGUUAAAUUUCUCAUAUGAAACUUCAGAUCCAGAAAGCUGCUAAAUAUGUGCCCAAAACAGGGCAAAAUGGAAAAUCACAUAAAACAACAAAUGUUCGUAAAAAACUAAGAGACAUCAACAUUUUUUCUAAGAAUUUCCAAUUAUCCUUCUUUUCAGAGACUGGUUUUUAUAAAUAUUUUCUAUAUGAAAUUUUGGAGCACAGUGCAACCAGAAAGCUGCUGCAUUUGUGCCCAGGUCAGGAGCAAAUUGAAAAAAUUUUGAAACAAAAGAAUAACAAAAAAACCAUAAAACAAAAAAAGUUUUUUAAAACUUGGAUUAAUCAUUUUUGGGGGGAGGGAUUAGAGAUCUGUAACUUUAAAUUACUUAUUCUUUCAUAUUAAUUUUGGAGCACAGUGUAGCCAGAGAGCUGCUGAAUUUGUGCCCAGGUUGGGAGCAUAUUGAAAAAAAAUACAUAAACCAAACUAAACCAAUACAAACAAACGAACAAAAAACAGAAAAACUGAAAAACAAUAAAAACAACAAAAAAUUCUUAACACUUGCAUUAAUAUUUUAUUUAUUUUUUGAGUAUAUGUAAAUUUAAAAAUAUUGUAUUAUUUGUAAAAAAUUUUAGAGUAUAAUACAGGUAGAAAUCUGCUGCAUUUGUGCCCAGGUCAGGACCUAAUUGGAAAAAAAUAAAAAUAAAACAAAACAACCCCUUAGAAAACAACAGCAAAAAACACACGCACAAAAAAACUUAGAACUUUUUUUCUGAGCAUUUUUAAAACUUACAAAAUACUAUAACUUUCAUAUGAUGCUUUGAAUUAAAAUGCGGCUAGGAAGCUGCUAAACUGGCAUCUAAUUCAGGAGCAAUUAAAAUCAAUAUUUAAAGGUACACAAAAGAAGAGAAAACAUUUUUUAUAACUAACUUAAACAACAAAAGCAACAAAAACAUCCUUAUAAUCUCUUACUAUUUAUUGGGUGAAGUGUAGGUUUAAGAAUAUUAAGACCUAUAAACAAAACUUCUGAGCACGGUAUAGUUUGAAAGAUGCUACAUUUGUUCUCAUAUAAGAAGCAUUGGAAAUAAAUAUCCUGCAUGCAUACUACACACACAAUUAAAGCACUGCAAAACAAAACCAAAAUAUUCUUAAAUAUGUUUUAAUCAAUUUUUAAGUUAUUUGGAGAUGUGAUAAUUUUAAAACGCUAAGACUUUUUAAGUAAAACUUUCAGGAACAAUGCAUCUUGUAAGUUGCUGAACUUGUGCCAGGGAGAGAUUAAAAAAAGAUUAAAAACCAUAAAACAAUGACAAAAAAGUAAAACUUUUAAAGCAAUAAGCAAAUUGUUAAAACUCUCAUUAACCUUUGUUUUUCUUUCUGACAUAUGUAGAUUUAAAAAUACUAAGAUUUUUAGAUAAAAAUCCAAGAGCCUAAUGUAAUUUUAAAAACCACCAAAUCUGUGCCUGGGUUAGGAGCUAAGUGAUAAAAAGGCUAAAACAAUAGAACAAUAAUAAAAAUGAAUUCUCAAAAAUGGCAUUACUUUUUCCUCAUGAUCUAAAGUCCUAAAAAUAAUCAUGCAAUAGAUAGAAUAUGUAAGGCAUUAGGUUGAGUUAGAUGAAAUUAGGUUAAGUUAGCUAAAGUUUGGUUGUUAAGUUAUGUUGUAAGAUCAAAUUAGUAAUCAAAGUAUGAAUAAUCUUUUUCUUUUGGUAUUCUUUCUUUUCUGUUUCUUGUAAGUAUAAACUAUAUGUGAACUUUUGUUUAUGCCCUGGACUCUCAAAAUUAUGAAAUUUUAGGAUUAUGACACCAAACCAUUUAAUAGGAUAUGUUAACCAAGUUGACAUAAAAUAUAUCAAUAAACCAGUUUCCUUU